AUGGAAGAGGCAUUUAAGAACCUACAGAGCAUGACUUAUGUCUCCGACCCAAAUGGUAGCAACUCCAUGACCGACUAUACAAAGAAGAGCGCCGCCACCUCAACAGAUCGCACCACCGCCACAGCGGCGAACAUGAGGUCUCUCAAAGGAAAUGGUGUCUCCGGUGGAACAAUGAGGUACCGUGGUGUUCGCCGCAGGCCGUGGGGGCGUUAUGCUGCUGAGAUACGAGACCCACAGUCCAAGGAACGGCGUUGGCUCGGGACUUUUGACACUGCAGAGGAGGCCGCAUGCGCCUACGACUGUGCAGCUCGAGCUAUGCGUGGGAUCAAGGCUCGCACCAAUUUCGUCUACCCGGCGACGGAGCCUCACUCGGGGAGCAAUCAUUUCCUUCCACCUUUUACCUUCUCGAAGCAGUCACAGUCAUCCAUCAGGGACAUUAACUGCAUUAAUCAUCAGUUUGGCCAAUCUUCGAAUUGGCCAUCGUUGACAAACCAACAUUCGGGUGACUUCUCCGUUGGGUCUUCUGCUCAAAGAAACGCUUCUCUGAACAUGGUUUUAUUCCGUGACCUCAUGAAUUCAUCUAAUUCAUCUCUCCACGAGCCGCCUCCUCAGUCUCUGGCGGACAAUAUUCCAUUCAUGAACGGAAAUACUUCCUCUUCUUCGUUUCCUUUCACUUUUCCGGCUAAUUCAAGCGUUUUGGCCGGUGCAUCUUUGUUGAAAUCCUCGACCAACAACACUACUCUAAGCGCAGCCGAUAGCGUAUCUGAUUCUUUCACUGGCUCAUCCAUGACGCACACUCUCAAGGAAACCGUCGAUGAUAUGGAAUUCUUCCCGCAGGAGCCUUCAGAUUCCGGUUUGUUGCAGGAAAUAAUUCAAGGUUUAUUUCCGAAGAAAUCAGGUGAACGUAAAGUUACCUCAAACUACACUCAACAUUCAGUUGCCGUCCCUGAACCCGAGUUGAAGAAUGAACAUUUAGGUUUUUAUUAUUCCGGUUACGAUCAAGGAUUCCUCCAGCAGGUGGAGAGUUUCAGUGGAGUCACUGGCUCUGAAUCGGUGCCGUAUGCUAAUGAAAUACCAACGAAACACCUGCAGGUAGGUCAAGACUGCUUGUUAGAUGAUAUCUUUCAGUUCCCAGAUUUCACGGAUGCCUUGGCAGCUAGGGUUCAAAAUGCUUGA